AUUAGAUGACAUUUGGCAUUUAAAACUUUAAAGGUUGAACUUUGAGUAAAAAUACUGCAAUUUUGAAAGAAACAUAGAAGUUUUAGUUAAAAAAUGAAUAGUAGUUGAACAAUAUCUUCUUUAGAGCGCACCAAAUACAAUAAAAGGAUUCCAACAUAUAAAACCUAGCUCUGUUAUGAUGUGAGAAAAAUUGUGAUCAGGAUAUCUUCAUAUAGUAUUUAUUUUCUAUUUUUAAAUUGUUAUACUUUUCAAUCUUAUAAAAUGAGUUAUUUGCAAGUAUUGGCUCGAUAUGCAAUAACAGGAUACCGAUCCUAUUCUAUACACACCAUUCGUAAUGCUCCCAAAACAAUAGCUGUAAUUAGAAUACAUGACUUCAAAUAUAAUCAACAUAGAAAUUACAAAAAUUUUGGACACAAGCGUGAAAAAGAACCAUUAAUAAGCAAGAUUUACUACACAUUCUUGUUUACUGCUUUUUUAAUACCUUCUGUAAACUGGGGAUGGUUAAAGAAAUUGUUCUCUGUUAAAGCAGACAGUGAAAAUAUAGGUGAAGGCAUUGAGCAUCCAAGAGAGGCUCUUGAAGAAUCAAUAGAAGAUGAAUCUAAGAAGAAAAAACACCGUAGAGAAAAAAUUGGAUUCAGAGAUAGAAAAAUAAUUGAAUACGAAAAUCGAAUAAGACACUACUCUACACCAGACAAAGUUUUUCGUUACUUUGCGACUCUGCAAAUCCCAGGACCUACAAUAGAUCAACACGAAAUUUAUAUGACACCUGAUGACUUCUUGAGAUCCAUGACACCAGGUUUAAAACAACCUGACGGGUUGGGCUUAGAUCAGUAUAGAAGAUAUGAUCCAAAAACAGUACAUCAAAAAUUAGAACUCACGUUGGAUGAGGACAGCAUCUUCUUCAAAUUAGGAAGCUCUGGUUUAAUAACCUUCUCGGAUUAUAUUUUCCUGCUAACUGUAUUAUCCACAUCUCGACGCCAUUUUGAAAUCGCUUUUCGAAUGUUCGAUCUCAAUGGUGAUGGAGAUGUAGAUUGUGAAGAAUUUGAAAAAGUUGCGACACUUAUUAGACAACAGACUAGCAUUGGAUCAAGGCAUAGAGACCACGCCAAUACAGGAAAUACUUUUAAGGGUGUUAAUUCUGCGUUAACUACCUAUUUCUUCGGUCCCAAUUUGAAACAAAAGCUGACCAUCGAGAAGUUUUUGGAUUUUCAAGAAAAAUUACAAAGAGAAAUUUUAAGUUUGGAAUUCCAAAGGAAAAAUCCUGACGAGAACGGUAAUAUAUCUGAAGCCGAUUUUACCGAACUUCUUCUUGCUUAUGCAGGUUAUCCUCAAAAAAAGAAGGCUAGAAUGUUGAAGCGAGUUAAGAAAACAUUUAGAGAUCAUGGUCAGGGAAUAUCAAGGCAGGAUUAUUUGAAUUUUUUCCAUUUCUUGAACAACAUUAAUGAUGUCGAUACAGCUUUGACUUUUUACCAUAUUGCUGGAGCUUCAAUCGAUCAGCAAACUUUAAAACAUGUAGCCAAAACGGUGGCCCAUGUCGAUCUCAGCGAUCAUGUGAUACACGUUGUUUUUACGAUUUUUGAUGAAAACCAGGAUGGACAAUUAAGUAACAAGGAAUUUAUUGCAGUUAUGAAAAAUAGACUGUUAAGAGGACUCGAAAAGCCGAAGGAUACAGGUUUUGUCAAAUUUAUGCAAUCAGUUAUAAAAUGUGCCAAGGAAACAAAGCCAGCUCUUUUGGAUAUUUCAAGUUACUAAUAAAUCAAUUAGCUUUAUUUUGAUAAAAUAAUAUAUUAGAUGUGGCAAUAAAGUAUUGAGUUUUAGUUAUGAAUUUUGUUUACUAGGCAAAAUAUAGUUUGAUAUAUUUCGUUUUGACUUGCGAUAAUUAGAGAGGCAUAUUGAAGAACUAAACGUAUUAAAGAAACUUUUCUAUUUUUUAAUCUAAUUUGAUUUUAACAUUAAAUUUGAUACUUUCUUUUGUAAUUGUAAUGUUAUUCGACCAAGAAAAAACAAUAAAAUUCAAUUUGGGAAGAGUGGAUUUCAUUUUCCGAAUAUGUUUAUUGAAUAUCAUCAAAGGUUUCUUUAAUUAUUAAUCAUAAUUUAUGAUUUCAAGUCAAGUCAAGUUCAAGUCGAAAAGGAAUAUAUUUAAACAGUUUUUUCAUUUUUUUGAUGUUAAAUUUAUUAGUUAUAUAGUGCAAAAAAUAUGUAUAAGAACUGAACAAGGAUCUUUUCGUCGUUUAAAAAUAUUUAUUGAAAUGAUCUUGCAUUCUAGCUUUAAAGUUUAGUACGUGAUUUUAUUCUUGUUCAUAAAUUGAUAAUAAUUAUAAAUAUAUAAAUAUG